GAUCAAUCUCAACGGGAACCCUAUUGCCUGGGAAAGCGCUAGUCAGCAUAGUGCUGCUAGUAGUGUCAGCGAAGCUGAGCCGUGUGGGAUGUCAGAAGCCGCGAGGAUGGCUAUGGGGUUUCGCUACGUCUUGGCAAGUUUGAGACCAUUCUGGACUCAAUUCUUUGAUGAGUCAUCUAUAGUGCUACCAGUUGAGUUAGGAUGCGACAACUCUGGAUCGAUCAAAUAUUCAGAGAAAAAGGCUGGAGUUGCUAGUCGAUUGAAACGCAUCGACGUCAGGGAUGCUAUGACUGAGGACUUCUGUACUAGACGACUCAUAAAACCAAUUUGGCACAGUACCAAACUGAACAAGUCAAACGGACUUACUAAAGUAACUACUGGCGCAGAUUUCUUUGAUUUCUUGAGACUCAGCCAAGUGAUUGAGAUUUAAGGCCUCCUAGUGUUCCCUUCCAUUUAGGACGAAGCUACAGCUCAGCUCUUAUGUAAGAAGGGGCUACGGCUCUUUUUUACGAAAGUUGAAGACUCUAGUUGAGAAAAGUAUAACAACCUUUCCGACCAAAAAACGCCCCAACCCUACAAAUACAGGGCGUCCCUCAGUACGUGAAGAAAGCAGAAGAAGCCGUUACGAAAAUAAGAUGAAUCUGAAGAGACGAGCAAAGCGAUGGACUCAGAAGCUUUGGAGUAUGGGGAGGCUGUUGCGAAUAAGACGAGCGCAAUUGUUGCACCAUGAAAGAAGAAGAUCAAACAAGAAAGCCAAGGCAUUGAAUUGGCAAGAUGUUCGAAGUAUGUGA